CAGAUAAAAAGGGAACGUAUCGAUUCUUUUCGUUUUGAAGUAUGGGAAGAAUGGAAAACAGCUACUAGUAUUAAAAAAAGGUUGAUAUCAUUUACCCAACAGUCAGAAGAUACUGUCUAUACAACAACAACCACUACUACUACUACUACCACUACCACUACCACA